UAUCGAACCAGAGACACUGGCUUGCGUGAACGAAGGCAGAAACGGAGUGCGAGCUGCGUGCAAUAACCAGCUUCGAAUCUAGCUUCAUUGUGCAAUCGAGCAAGCACGCGUGUGACAGCACUCCCGACCCAAACGCAGCACGAUUGAAUUAAUCGAGAGUAAAUUGUCACGUGGCCAUCAUUCAUAAUACUUCAUCGGUGGACAAUGAAAGCUUCAAGGUACCCAGCCAUGUCUCAGAAUGCAUGUGACUUGGAGUACAAGUUACUGACCCAGGACAAGAUCCAAGAGGCUCUGAUGCUCCAAACAGAGACCAUGAAGCAGGAGCCAGUCGCCAUUGCGCUGGGGAUGCUGGACGAGCCAGGUGCUCCAGAACAGAUGCGUCUGCUCUUCAGGGAAAUAGUGAAAGACGGCGUGACAAUAAUCGCCGUGGAUAAGGAGACCGAUCAACUGGCUGCUGUCGCCUUCAACAAGAUCCAUGCGAAACCAAGGGAAGGCGUCGAGGAUCAGCUGGCUGCAUUCAUUGAGAAGAACCUGAAGAAGCAACCGUGCCUGGAUCUCGUCAAGUUUCUCGAUGACCUGGAGAGCAGUGUUGACGUUUUUGAGAGGUACAACGUGGAUGGAGCGAUGGAACUGUUCUAUGUGGGCACAAGUCCAAGACACCAAGGUAGAGGCAUUGGUUCCCUGAUGGUGAAAAAGUGCAUCGAAUUGGGCAAAGGAUUAUUGAAUGGGACCAUGAAGAAAAAUGCACUGGAUGAUGGUAUUGUGAAUGAGGAAGUGGUACCGAAGGUUAUUUUCGGCGCGUUUGUGUCGAGUUUCAGUCAACGAAUCGCUGAGACGUUGAAUUUUGAGACACUUCACCAGGUCAGAUACGAUGACGUCACUAUAGGUGGACGAAAACUGUCUGAUAGGAUAGGGAAGGAGCAGAGGACAGCUAAGUUUCUGGCUCUGAAGCUCUAA